UUCCUCACUAUAUUUUCGCCACUCUCCCUCCCUCCCUCUCUCUCUAUGCAACUUGCGUGAUAUUCGCUGAGCAGCAACAGAACUGCCGAUCCGAACGCAAAACCACGCAGAACCCUAGCCCUGUUCAGAUGGCAAAUUGAACGUCCAAUCCAUACCCUAGCUGUGCUCGAUUAAUCUCUCUAAAUGUCCCUUGAAUGAAGCCUCCUUGGUUGAUUCAGUUUUUUUCUGGGGAUAUAAUGUUAGAUUAGAGUUUUCGCGGUGAACGUGAAUCAUGGAUAUUUCUGAGGUUGAAGAAACUUUGUUUAUGAUUGGGGAUGCAAAGUUACAUGGAGAUAUGUGCAAGACACUGUCUGCAAUUUAUUGCAAAGUGCUAGGAAUUUUCCCUCUUCUGGAAGCCGCACGGCCUAGGAGUACAACAGGUAUUCAGGCGCUAUGUUCUUUGCACAUAGCACUUGAGAAGGCCAAGAAUAUUCUUCAACAUUGCUGCGACUGUAGUAAACUUUACCUGGCUAUUACUGGGGAGUCUGUUGUUCUGAAAUUUGAGAAGGUAAGAUGCGCUCUUGAAGAUAGUCUUAGGAGGGUGAAUGAUAUUGUUCCUCAAGAAAUUGGCUGCCAGAUUUUGGAAAUUUUGGUUGAGCUUGAGCAGAUCAGGUUUUCACUUGAUCCGUUGGAGAAGCAAAUAGGUGAUGAUAUAAUUGUACUGCUUCAGCAAGGGAGGAAAUUCGACAGCAACUGUAAUGACAACAAUGAACUUGAAUCUUUUCACCAGGCUGCGUCUAGACUUGGCAUCACAUCUUCCAGGGCAGCUCUUAGAGAGAGAAGGGCUCUGAAAAAACAAGUAUCAAGAGCACGGAUUGACGAAGACAAGAGAAAGGAAUCAAUUGUGGCUUAUCUUUUACACCUCAUGAGAAAAUACUCCAAGCUAUUUAGAACCGACUUUUCCGAUGAUAACGAUUCGCAGGGUUCAACACCUUGUUCCCCUACUGUUCAGGGCUCUUUCACUGACAGCGGUGUCGAUAGCUAUGCCUUUGAUCGACCAUUGUCGAAGCUCAGUUCCUUCAGUUUCAAGCCAAAUUUGAGGAGAUCAGGGCAAAUGCCCUUCCCUCCAGAAGAGCUGAGGUGUCCAAUAUCUUUGCAGCUCAUGUACGAUCCAGUCAUCAUUGCUUCUGGGCAAACAUAUGAAAGGAUUUGUAUUGAAAAAUGGUUUGGCGACGGGCACAACACGUGCCCAAAGACUCAGCAACAGCUGUCCCAUCUUUCUUUGACUCCUAAUUACUGUGUAAAAGGUCUUGUGGCUACUUGGUGUGAACAGAAUGGAGUUUCUAUCCCUGAUGGCCCCCCGGAGUCUCUUGAUCUCAACUACUGGAGGCUGGUGUUGUCUGAGAGCGAGUCUGCAAAUUCAAAGUCAAUGGACAGUGUAGGCUCCUUCAAUAAGAGGGGUGUAAAGGUGGUUCCUUUGGAGGAUACUUGUGUAAUAGACGAAGCUGAAGGAAAUGAAGUGGACGACGUGUCUGUACAAGAGGAAGAGUUUGAUCAGAAUGUGGUUGAAAGAUAUGAUGAGUUUUUGAUGAUUCUGGAAAGAGAGGAAGAUUUGUUGAAAAAGUGUGAAAUUGUGGAACAGAUACGGCACUUGCUAAAGGACGACGAGGAAGCUAGGACCAAUAUGGGGGCUAAUGGGUUUGUUGAAGCACUGUUGCGGUUUUUGGAGUUGGCUGUGCGGGAAAGGCAUGAAAUGGCUCAGGAAAUCGGAGCAAUGGCUCUCUUCAAUCUUGCUGUUAACAAUAACAGAAACAAGGAAUUGAUGUUGUCAGCAGGAGUACUUCCAUUGUUAGAGGAAAUGGUUGCCGGGUCCAGUUCUCAUGUAUCAGCCACGGCACUUUACCUGAAUCUUUCCUGCUUUAAUCAAGCCAAGCCCAUCAUUGGCUCAAGUACAGCUGUCCCUUUCCUAAUCAACUUCCUUCAAUCUGAAACCGAUCCCCAAUGCAAACUUGAUGCUCUCCACACCCUCUUCAAUCUCUCUACACACCCCUCCAACAUUCUGUACCUUCUCUCAUCAGGAAUCAUCAAUGGACUCCUAUCGCUGGUAACAGACUCGAGUGACCACCAUGCAUGGACAGAAAAAUGCGUAGCGGUGUUUAUAAACUUGGCUUCAUGUAAAUCAGCAAGAGAUGAAAUGGUAUCGUCUGUGAGCCUAAUUAGUGGGCUUGCGACCAUAUUGGACGUGGGUGAGCCUGUUGAGCAGGAGCAAGCUGCAGCUUGUCUUCUGAUUUUGUGCAAUGGGAGUGAGAAAUGCAUCCAAAUGGUUUUGCAAGAAGGGGUAAUUCCGUCGUUGGUGUCGAUAUCAGUGAACGGGACUAUGAGAGCGAAACAGAAAGCUCAGAAGCUUUUGAUGCUGUUUCGAGAGCAACGGCAGCGGGACCCGUCUCCUGUUCGGACGCGUCCGAUGCCACCAGAAGAAAGUGAGGACGCGCCAGAUUUGGAACCGAAACCACUAUCGAAAUCAAUCUCAAGAAGAAAGGUUCCUAAAGCUUGGAGUUUUUGGUGGAAGAACAAGAGCUUUUCUGUAUACCAGUGCUGAAUUCUGUCAUUUAUGGUAAUCUGUAAAUUUUUUAUUGUAUCUCCUUUUCCAUGGGCGGCCGGUUGAUUGCCUUAGGCUUCCGCAGAAGAUGAAAUGUACAGGCCCUUGUAACCAAGGUUAUCCCUUUUUUGCCCUCUUGCUUUCCACUUCUUGGUUGGUAUAUAUGUAUCGGGUACGCUAUAAUUUAAGACUUUGAUCCGCAUCUUGAAGGAAACCCAGUUCAUCUCA